AUGGAGCUGGCCACAGAGGUUGCCGACCUGGGCUUGAAGCUUCUACGGCGAGAUGAAGGCGAGGACGAGGGCGACGGCGCGACCAAGGAACUGUACGCAGCAUGGACCAUCUUCAUCGCCAUCUUGCUGCUCAUUGCUGCUUUUUUCACGAGUUACAUGCUCCAGAUAAAGAAGGUGACAGCCAUCCACGAGACGGUCAUUUCCAUCUUUGCCGGCAUGACGGUUGGCUUGAUCCUCAUUGUCACCUCGGGCGAUUCAAUACGAACCAUGAUCAAUUUCAACUAUCAAAUCUUUUUUAACCUCCUACUGCCGCCCAUUAUCCUCUCUUCCGGAUACGAGUUGCACCAAGCCAACUUCUUCCGCAACAUCGGCACAAUUCUUACGUUUGCCUUUGCCGGAACCUUUCUUUCCGCCGUCGUCAUUGGAUUCAUUCUUUGGCUCUACUCCCUGAUCCCAGGAACCCUGAAGAUGACGUUCGUUGAUGCAAUCUCUGUUGGUGCCACCUUGUCCGCCACCGAUCCAGUCACCAUCUUGGCCAUCUUCAAUACCUACAAGGUUGAUCCCAAGCUGUAUACCAUUAUUUUUGGAGAGUCAAUUCUUAACGACGCCAUUGCCAUUGUCAUCUUUGAGACAGCACAGAAAUACAAUAAAGGCGAAGCAUCUAGCUACGGAAUUCUCAGCUUUUUCGAAGCGACCGGCAUUUUCUUGCUGGUCUUCUUCAGCAGUCUGCUCAUCGGUAUUGUGGUCGGCAUUGGCACUGCCCUGCUUCUCAAGUUUACCUAUCUGAGACGAUACACCAAGAUUGAAAGCUGUCUCGUGUUCUUGAUAGCUUAUGCCACCUACUUCUUCUCCCAAGGUGUGCAUUUGUCUGGUAUCGUGUCCUUGCUUUUCUGCGGUAUAACGUUGAAGCAUUAUGCUUAUUUCAACAUGUCUCGGCGAACCCAGCUCACCACGAAGUACAUCUUCCAAGUGAUAUCGCAAUUGUCCGAAAAUUUCAUCUUCAUAUAUCUUGGUCUGGCCUUGUUCACGGACAGUGCGCUGUCAUUCCAGCCGCCCCUGAUCAUGAUCACUAUCCUGGCCGUUUGCGUCGCUCGAUGGGUUGCUGUUUUCCCCUUGUCAAAGGCCAUCAACUGGAUCAUCUCGUAUCGUGCCAGGCGGCGCGGUAUUGAAGCCGCUGAAGAGCUGCCUUACAACUACCAGGCAAUGCUUUUUUGGGCAGGCCUCCGCGGAGCGGUCGGCGUGGCGCUGGCCGAACUUCUUACUGGUGACAAUGCCCUAGCUCUUCGAGCUACCGUGCUGGUUGUGGUGGUGCUCACUGUCAUCAUCUUCGGUGGCACCACUGCUCGCAUGCUCGAGAUUCUUGGCAUUCGGACCGGAGUUUUGGAGGAGAUUGAUAGCGACGACGAGUUUGACAUAGAAGCCAUUGGUGUUGGUCUCCACGCCAAACGUGCAGGCGGCGGUAUUGGUUAUACACCCAGGCGAAAUGGCAACAUAGCUAUGCACAAUCUGGAAGAAGGCCGCUCGGCUAGUUAUGUGUCUGGCCACCGGUCGCCGCACCCUUCGGGAAGCGGCCAAAACACCCGAGGAAACAGUCUCAAUCGUAAGAACUCCGGCCGCAACCUGGAAGAUUUCGAGAGAGCAGACUUGCUUGGCCGCAGUGGCGAAGACUCCGACUUUGACACGGACAUUGACACGUCUGACCUGCCGCCCCCAGCUCGUCCUGCCCGCCGACCCAGCCCACCGUCGCGUCCUCGGACAGACAGUGCCUUUAUGAGCCCGACCGGCGAGGCAUCGCAGCCAUCAACCAUGACCGCCACGGGGGCUAUCCGACAACUUUGGAGUGCGGAAGAUCCAGCGGGUCUAUUCAGGCAAUUGGACGAGGGCUUUAUCAAGCCGCACCUGCUGCUGCAGGGUGAUGGCAAUAAAAAUUAG